ACAUUUUUCUUAUAUAACAUCAUAUUUCAAUGCUGCAUCCCAGGAAUACAAAAGAAGAUCCAGAGAUAUGGAAACAGAAACCGAAGAAGAAUAUCUUCUUAUCGGAGAUUAUGAGUCCAGUGGGAGUUUUUCCAGCAGCGUGUCACUUUCUGACAGGAGUGUGGAUAAUAUUUUAGAAGAAUAUCACUCUGAUACUCCAUAUUCAGGUCUUAUCAAAGGUUCGGCAACUGGGGUCCUGGAAAAUCUCAACAUGAAUAUUCCGGCCGUUCGCCCAAAAACUCUAAAAAAACUCAAACGCGUCUACGAUAAUUCGACUAAUGACGAGGUGAAAAGCGAUAACGAAAUAUCCUCAAGUUCCGAAAAAGAAUCGGAUAAUAAAGAAAAUAGAGAUCACAAGGUCGAGCGUAUGUCGGCGCUCAGUCCAUUUGACGAGCAAGAAGAAUGGGCAAAAAUCCAGGAAAUUAUGGCAUCGUUUGGCACCGGAAUAGUCCGGGAAUCGGUUUUCGUUGCCGAGCUGGAAAAAGAAUUCCAAAAUAGGUUAAUGACCAUAUCGUGUUCCCAGAACAGUUUGACUAAUGCUUCGGAGAUGACGGUGGAAAAAUGGCUGCAGGGAAUCGGAUUGGGAGAUUAUAGCGGACUUUUUAUGGCAAAUGGAUUCGAUGAUCUCGGGUUUUUAAAUGGGGUAUUAGAAGAAAGUGACUUAACGGAUAUGGGCAUAUCUAGCAAAGAAGAACGAAGUUCUAUCUUAGAAGCAGUGAAACAAUUACCAUUGAAAAUCCAUAAACAAAUCCCGAAUAACAAUAAUAACAAUCAAGAUAUAGUCAAGCUAUGGUUGAAAAAAAUACAUCUGGAACAUUACUUCGAUACAUUUAAUAAACAUUUAUACCAUGAUAUGGAGCGAAUAAAAAGAAUUUGGGACGUGGAGCUAUCAGCGGUUCUGGAUAUUGAAAAAAAUGGUCAUAGAAAGAGGAUAUUGGCUAGUGUUAGUAGUGGAGAGAAUAUAAUUACUGGACCAAAAAUGGAGGAGAUUAGUGCUGAAUCGACUUUAUUGAAAACAACAAGUGCUGAAAUGCCUUCACCUUCAACUCAAAGUACCCACUCAACUAAUAGUAGUAAUACGGGCACUAUAAGGCACAGGCAUAAAAAAUCCAGGCCUGCGCCUCAACCACCUGUCCAGCAAAAACAGGAGAAGAAAAAUUCGGAUAUAUUUGUUGGUGGAAAUAAUUCCAUCAAAAGUCAGUGGCGUCAUCAACCCAUUUUACUUAUUACUGGCUCUUUGAAAUAUUCAGCGAAUUACUGGGGUUCAACUUCUAUAAAAGAGUUUAAAGGUACCGAAUCUACUAAAAAAUCUAUUCAGACAGUUGUUAGAUCUAAAGAGCAUUUUUUGGAAGAAAUAGUCUUGGCUAUAUCUUAUAAAGGGGUGAAGUUUAUUAACCCAACAAAUCAAAACACUAUUUGUGAACAUGAAAUUGUAAAUAUGAAUUGCGCUUGUCAGGACGAUGAACAACAGUCCUAUUUUGCAUAUAUAACUACAGAGAAUGAUCUUUACUAUUGCCAUGUGUUCCAAGCUGCAAGCCCAGAACAUGCUACUGAAAUUAUUCUAACAUUAGGGCAAGCUUUCGAGCUAGCCUAUCAGAUGGCACUAAGGGAUCACGUGACCAGUAAAUGUAAAAAACCUGACCAAAAUCGUAGCGAUGCUUAUAAUAAGCCUGCAGUCAGCCCUGGAUCUGUAUCUUCUCAUAGCAGAGAUUUUAAAGAUUCCACAAAGACAGCAGAUAUGAAACUAAAUGGUCAUCCUCUGAAAAUCAUGCCUCUUACUCUCUCUAUUGCUGCUGAGCCUAAUAGCUCGUCAGGGUCCAGCUCUCAAAAUACUCAGAACAAAACACCAACCAAAGUUGUAAGUGCUAAUUUUAAAGCGUAGAUAAAUUUAUGAAUUUUAUGUGUCCAGC